GUUCAGAAGUGAGUGCGUACAUCGCAGAACGACUACACAUUCACAACACGUCAGAUGUACUGAGAGCUAGCUGACUGAUUGGAAGCUUGUGCGUUAGUCAGCCACGUAUAAAAGCCCGGUGUUACAAAAGCCGGCCUUUAUUCCGGACUGGGAUCGACAGCUUGUAAGUACCGUCGAUGUCCCUCCAACACUUGUAACGUGUAUGUGGGUGAGAGUGGAUUUCUCAUUGGAGAGGAGCACAGAUUGUGUGAAUUCGAGGAGCUAGUUUUAUUCUGUAUCGCCUGUGAUAAGACGGCGACUCUUCCUGUACCAAUGCCGGAGUCGGUGGAAAUCUUGUCCCCUCAUACCCAUGAUACUAUCCACGGUACCUUACCGAGGAGGAGGGCAGUGGGCUUAAAACUUAACCUGGACUCUCUCGGGGCGCUGGAAGACAGAAUGCCCAAAAGGUGUAAGCUGGAGGACCUGGCUGUUCCAUACACCGCCCCUAUCAGUACCUCAAUGGCACCCCCAGCGGCAGUUCGGGUGAUGUCCCCAUCAGAGUUGUCCACGCGUUUGUCAAAGUCCAAGCAGACAGUUUUACUUUUGGACUGCCGAACAUUUCUAGCCUUCAACAAUUGUCAUAUUCAGGGAGCCAUAAACGUGAACUGUACUGAUCGCCUCAACAGACGGCGAUUACAGCAAGGCAAAGUGAACCUUCUCGAUCUUGUUUCCACGAAAGACGGCAAAGACAUGUUCAGGAAGAGAAUGGUCAAGGAAAUUGUUGUGUACGAUGACCAUACGGACGAUCUUACCAAAGUGUCUUCAGAUAACGCCAUGCAUCUCGUUCUCACGGCGCUUCUACGGGAGGGCAAAGAUGCUUACGUGUUAAAAGGAGGUCUGUGUGAGUUCAGUCGAGAUAAUGCCAACUUGUGCGAGACGUUAAUCAAAGAGACGGAACAUCGCCCCCUUUACAGUCCAACCACACCCGCCCUUAUCGAACCAGCCAUUGAAACAGCCAUUGCCAAUCAAAUUUUACCUUUCCUCUUCCUUGGUAAUGAAAGAGACGCAGCAAAUCUUCAGAGAUUGCGGAGUCACGACAUCACCUAUGUAUUGAACGUUACCUCACAUGUUCCGCUUCACUUCGAGUCACAAGGGAUCAAAUAUAAACGACUGGCAGCCAGUGACAGCGGGCAGCAAAACCUUAGGCAGUAUUUUGAAGAAGCCAUAGAAUUUAUCGAUAUGGCCCGAGAAAAUGGCGGCAAGGUUUUGAUUCACUGUCAGGCUGGUGUCUCCCGAUCAGCAACCAUCACCAUCGCUUAUAUCCUCAAACAUUCUCUCUUGAACAUGAUCGAGGCGUACAAACACGUUAAACACAGGCGGACCAUCAUUUCACCCAACUUCAACUUCAUGGGGCAAUUGCUGGAGUACGAAAAAUCUCUAAAUCAGGGAAAGACCUCACGAAUCUUGAAACCAAAAGUGGAAGGAAUCGACAGUCCGUUGUGAACUUUUCCAACAUGCCCGCCAUAUUUGGAUCAAGAAACGUGUAAUUAGGAACCACAGCGACCAAACACGAACGUUAUUGAUAAACGGAAGUGAUACUGGAAUUACAAUGCAUUGUGGGAACAACACCAGCAGCAGCAGAACUCGAUGCACAUUCCAUGGAAUGGUCACAGUUACAAAGAGUAUGACCAAAACAAGUGUGUUUUAUGCACACGUCUUGUUGUACUGAAUCAUCCUGAAAGUAUCAUCAGACUAUGCCAUCUUUAUUUUACUUGUUAAUUUAUUGUCCUUUACUGGGGAGCUUCACUGUAAGACAUUUUUCUAGUCCGUGUAACUGGUUUGAACUGUGUGACUCCCGUCUAUUUGUUCUUUGGAUUUUAUCUCCAGAAAGUUAGAUUUACGCAAGCUCUGAAAGCAGAAGUAAGCUUAGACAGGACAAUCUAGAACUUACUGUAUCAAAACGUUGUGCCAUGCUGGAUUUUUGUCAUGAUAGUCAAGUAGGGUGAUCUUACCGCCUGUUAAUUGUGUAUUUUUGACACUGACACGGACUAAGUGUUUUGAACUUGUAAUAAUUAAUGCCAUUGGCUGUUCGACAUGCUACCAUUCCACUACGCAGACAGUCGAAUCGAUUCUUACUAAAAAUCGACCAGCCGUAUGUCGUUUAAUUUUCAGCCAAGUGCUACCUCCAGAAAUCAUGCUUUGACAUUUGCCUUCAAUUCGUUCUAGUCCUACAUGUAUAUGUGUGAUUAGCCACUGGGUGUUCACUUAUCGUGCCUCUCGACACUAUUUUCCACAACUUGUAUACAGAUAGCUGUCGCAUACAGAGGGUUUUCUCGCUAAUUAACAAAAGAGUAAUUAAUUCACCAUAAUUGCCUUAUGCUAAAGGAAAAUGCCAAAGUUUGGCAUUAGUCUAUGCACCAGUGUCCCAGCAUUGGCGGUGGAUGGGUUUCUAUGGUAGACGAAAAGUGUUCAGCCCAACUCUAGUAUUACAGUUUUGUUAACACUAGGUUAAGUUUACGCAAAGGGUGCAUCCUAUACGUCAGGACGGCAGACGAUUAGAAGUGGGACCGUCUAUAGAAAAGGCAAACGAUAUCAUAGUCGUCGAGAACAGACACUAUGUGAGACGUACAACACUUUGAAAAUAGCUUUGUAUUUUUGAUAAUAGUUUAUGAUGUAUACAGGUAAUUGUAAAAUUAAUGAAUUAGAUAAAGAGGAUCUCAGAUAUAUAACGCAGAAGAAAACAGUGUGUCCUUUAAUUGAAACAGUUUUGUGGUCGUGGAGUAUCUUCAGUCAUUCUUUUAUGAAUGUGUAUGGUGAAUGUAAGAUAUCUUCAAAAUGUACAGUUGGGAGAAAUUACGCAAGAUGGAUGUUAUUUAUGCGUGUGUACAGUAAAUUAUAUCAUGGUAACAAACGUGCCAUUUGUAAAUAUAUAUAAAUCUCUAGGUUAAAAAAGUCCCGGACCAAAUGACUGUAUGGAAGUGCACAAGAUUUGAUGACGUGUGAUUGAAUCAUGUCACACUGUCCAAUUGGGUGGGUUUAUUCACUCAAAUGUACAUACCUCAUUGUAUAACAUCACUGAAUCAUAUUUAUUAAAUAAGAAGAAUUCAAAACUUA